AUGAUGGAAGCGCAGAAGUACGUCGCGGUGCCUGCGGCUGCCGACCCUCUGAUGGAACUGCUGACAUCUUUUACAGGCAAACCAGAGAUUACUUCAGACUCAUUGGCUGCACUAUACAGCGUUACACUAUGUUUUACGCUCGAGGGAAGGAUUCUGUUCGGUUGGUUGAACGAAGAGGCUGAUGAGAACGCCCCGGUGAGAAUGACUCCAAUUCCUUUGGACGAUGGAGAGAAGCUCAGAGAUAACUGCAUAAGAAUAAUUUCUGCCAGCAAGUCUGUCGUUGAUUCUGCAAGUAGGCUUGUGGAAAAUGAGCGGCCUCACCCUGAGGAAGAGAUGGACGCAGUCCAAAUGAAGAUCAACGGCAAGGAGGUGUCCCUUUUUUUCGGUGAGAAAUACGCGGUUUGUUUUGUGUUGAGGUAA